AUGGUUCCUAAAAAUCCUGUUAGUGAUAUUAAUACUCUUGUAUUGAAACAAUAUAAGAUUAUGUAUGAAGAGAUUUGUUUAAGGUUUAAAUCUGAAAAAGAGACUUAAGCCAAAGAACUUGAAAUCUUGAAAGAUAAAUACGAUAAUCUAUAAAAAAGAUGGGAAACUCUUAAUUAAUUAAAAGAUAAAUUUGAUGCAAAACUCAAAUAAGAUACUAAUGAUCCUAAAUCAUUAAAUUAAGUUCAUAAAACAUCUGGACAUUAAUAAACUAAUUUUUAACCUAAUUCAGAAAAAUAAUUAUUUUUUACUUAAAUUUAAUAGUUAAAUGAUUAAAUUGCUAAAUAAAAAAAAUAAAUUUAAGAAUUAAAUGAUAAAAAUGAAAAGCACUCUAUUGAUAAUAAAAAACUAGAAAUUGAAAAUAAAAAAUAUUCUGAAUAACUAAAUUAAAUUAGAAAAUCAUCUAAUCAUAAAAUUAAUGAUCAAUAAAUAUUGCAAUAUGAAGAUAAUAUAUAAAAAUUUAUUUAAACUAUUGAGGACAUGAAAAAUGAGAAAAAUAAUAAUGAAAAGCUAAUUGAAAAAUUAACAAAAGAAAAUUAAGUUUUAUAUUAAACAAAUGAUGAACUUAAAAAAAAACAUCAUGAACAUGAUAAAAAUUAAUAACAAAAAAAUUAGUUUUAAUUAUAAUUAAGUGAAUUAGGAUUAAAAAAUAGUCAGUUAGAAAAAUUAGUUAAAGAUUUGGAAAAAUAAUAACAAUAUUAAUAAGAUCUAGCUUAAUAAAAUGCUAAAUAAAUGGAAGAUAAACAGUAAGAAAUAUAAAUAUUAUAAUAAAAAAAUUAGGAAUAUUAAAAAGAAUUAUAAAAUCUAAAUUAAUUGUAGAUUGUAUAUAAUGAAUAAUAAUAAUAACUUUAACAUUUAGCUGAUGUUAUAUAAUAAUUGGAGAAAAAACUUUCAGAAUCUGCUAAUUAAAAAUCAAAUGAAUCUGAAAAGAAAUAAUAAUAACAAAAAUAUGAUGAUUUAUAUUAAUAAUAUACAGAACUAUAGACUUAAGACAUAAUGAAAUAGGAAUGGCUUAAUCUAUAAAAAUCUUAACUUGAAGAUAUUAAAUAAGAGAAUGAAUAAUUAAAUCAUAGAAUAGAAGAAUUGUAAUAAUAAAAUACUCUUUUGAUUGGUUAGCUUGAAUCUUAAAAGGAUGAUACUAGAUUAACUUUAAGUUAAUUAUAAGAUUAGGUAAAUUCUUAUGAACAUAUUGUUUCUGAUAAGAAUUAAGAAAUUCAAUAAUUAAAUUUAGAGAUAUCAAAAUAAAAGUUUAAUUUAAAAAACGAUGACUAUGAAGAAAAAAUUAAAUAAUUGAAAACACAAUAUGAAAAAUCAGAAUCAGAAUCUAAAAUGAAAAUUGAAUGGAUGGAAAUAUAAAAUACAGAAUUAGAAGAAACUAUUAAUGAAUAUGAAAAAAAAAUAUCAAAUUUUGUGGAAUAAUUGAGUUAAUUAUCUAAAAUUAAUUCAGAAGAUAAUUCUGAAAAGAUUGUUGAACUUUAAGAACAUCUUAAAUAAUAUGAACUUAUAGUUAAUAAUAAAAAUAUUGAAAUUGAUGAAUUGAAGAAAUAAAUUAAUGAGAUAAAUAAAAAAUAAAGUGAUGAAGAUUUUGAAAAGAAGUUUUUAAAUUUACAAACAUAAUAUGAAAAAUUAGAAACUGAAAAUCAGAUGAAAUAAUAAUGGUAGAAUAUUUAAGAAGAAGAACAAUAAGAAUAAGUUAAUUAAUUAAAUGCAUAAAUAGAUAAAUUAAAUGAUGAAUUGUCUUAAACAUAAAAUUUAAACUAAAAAUGUAAAUUUUAAUUUUAUUUUAGUACAAAAUACAUUAUAAUAAGAAAAUGAAAAAAAUGAAUAAUUGAUUAAAUAAUCUUAAUAAUAACUUUUAGAUAUUUAAAAUUCAUUUAAUUCAGGAAAUAUUAAAAAUGCCUUACGAAAAUCAAUUAAAAAAGAAGAAUCAUUUGAAGAAGAAGCAAAUACAAAAAAAAAUUAAGAUGAAUAAUGUGUGAAUGAUUUAAAGGAUAAAAUUAUAGCAUUAAAUGAAGAAUUAGGUGAAUAUGAAGAGAAUUAAAUAAAUUUACAGUAAUAAAUAACUUAGUUAACAGAAUAGAAAAAUAAAAUUUAAUCUUAAUAUGAAGAAAUGUAUAAUUAUUAUUCAAGUAUAAUAUUUAUAAAAUUAUAUAAUAGAAGCUUAUGAUUAAGUAUAAGACUUAACAGUUUAAGUUGAGGAUCUUAAGAAAAUAAUUUUAGACAAAGAAAAUUAGAUAGUAGAAAAUUAAUAUUAGAUAUAAUAAUUGGAGGAAUAACUAUUAUAAAUGAAUGAAAUAAAUAAGGAUGCUAUUAAUGAAAAUUAAGAUAUAAAUGAAAUGAAAGCAUUUUAUGAGCAAAAGUUUUUAGAGUAGGGAACAUUAAUAUAAAAUUUAUAAUAGUAAUUAGAAUAAACUUCAGAUUAAGAUUAUUAUUAAAAGAUGAACAAAAUAUUAUAAGAGAAUGAAGAAUUAAGAUAAUUAAGAAGUGAAAAUUAAGAAGAAUUAAAUAGAAAAGAUUAGAUGAUAGAGGAAUUAUAAUUAUAAAUGUUAACAUAAUCAUAAGUGACAGGAAGUUCUGGUAUUUAUAAUUAAUAUAUAUAUAGAUCUACAAGAAAGAAAAAGAAGACAAGAGUUAUUAGAAAAAGUAAAAGAGGAUAAAUCUGAUAUUUCUGGAUCUUCAAAUGAAUAAUUGAUUUAGAAAAUAGGUAAUUAGAGUAAUGGAGAAAGUGCAAAAUAAUCUCUAAAAUUAGAUAAUACACAAGAUUUAUCAAAAUCUUCAAAACCUAAAAGUGCUAAGAGUUUAGAUUUUCAAGAGUGAAUUUGUUUCUAAUUUAUUUAAAAAUAAAUGUAUGAUCA